GUGUCAUCUGCCGCCAUUUCGCAUGCAAAAUGGUGUCGUAAGGUCCAAAAACGUGAUUUUAAAAAAUGUUUUAAUAAUUAAAAAAGUAAAAAGCGAAAUGUAUAAUAAUAAUGUUGUGUUAAAUGAUAAAUCUCGAAAAAUAAAGUCUCAUUCCUCAAAAAGUCAUAGAGCAAAUCCAUAUACGAAAAAUCGAAAUGUUCAUUUGGAGAAAAAGUCUGAUGUUGAGCAGGGUAUAUUAGGACGGGUUUCAAAUUACAUUGUUCCAAAUUGGAUAUCAUCUUGGUGGAAAAAAGACAAAAAUGAAGAAAACAGUGGUUUUUCAGAAAAUGAUGAAAGUGAUGAAAGUGACGAAAAUAAUGCUCAAAGCAGCCAACCUCAAAUCAUUAAAUCAAAUGAAAAUCAUAAAAUCAAGUCAUUAUCCUAUGAAGGUACUCAAAAUAGCAACUCAAUCGUACAAUCCACUGCUGUGAAGCCUCCAUCAUUAGGGUUCUAUGAUAAAGUUGGUAAUUCUGAUAAUACUUUAAAUCAUCCUUCAUUUUUAGAUAAUAGCUUUGAUUCUGUACAGUUUUAUCCAAGCAAGCAGUCGUUUUCAAACGAUGAAAAGGUUAUUGAAGUAUCACAUUCAAACUCAGUUAAACAGAAAUCGCCUUUUGUUCUAAAGCCUGCUUUUAAUGUUUCAGCUUUUAUUUCUCCUAACCUCAGCGCACAAAAUUUUAAUACUACAAUGAACACAACAUUGGAUUUGUCAGCUGUGAACAAGUCACUGUUUUAUAGCGGACAAACAAAGUUUGGUGGUUCUUCUACAUACAGACAAGAUUCAAUUAAGAGACAAAGAAUAUCUCCUGUUUCUAACCAAGCAUGUACCACACUUACUCAAAUGAAAGCUAAAUCACUUCCAUAUGCAAAGAGGAAUGCAGUUACAAGUGCAACAGCUAAAAAAAUACUUAGUACUUUAGACAAUAUGUCUUCACCAGUUAAAGAUUCACGAAAGUUGCCUUCUAUGCAACAUCUUAUAUCUCCUUUAACAUUUAGUCAAAAAUUGCGCGAUUUAUCUAAAAACAAAGAUCCCAAUAUUAUAAAACCUCCUGUAAGCACCUUGGAUACUGUCAAACCGUCUCAAAAAGGAUUCAUUUUAUCUACCAACAAUACAAAUACUGAUCAGCAACAGUUUGUAAAGCCAUUAAAAUCUAUAGAGAGUUUUACUUUUGCUAAAUCAGAUUUAUCUGCUUCAGAAAAAUUAAUACCAAUUGAUUCUAAGCAAAAUUCUGACAUCAUCACAACCAAAACAGAUAAUUUUUUACCUAAAAAAACUGGUAAAUUAAGAAGAGAGCAUACUAGUAGUCAUUAUUCUGUUCCCAAAACUGAAGAAAUUAUAAACACUCUACCGAGUAUACCUAAUGUAUCAUUUUCUUUGCCCUCUAUAACUACGUUCAAAUCAUCAUUUCAGUCUGCCUCUGUAGAAAUUUUGCCUAAACCUUUUAUUUCAAAUGAAAGUAAAGAAAUAGCUGUCAAAGAUGUGUUUUAUUUUUCUGAACCAAGUGUUUUAGCUGUUAGAAAUCAUAGUGAAGACCCAAAAAUGCAAUGUUAUACAUUUAGUGAACCCAUACCUAUUAAAAAGCAAUCACAAAAUGAAGUUUCUCAACCUAUUUUUAUAAAUAAUGAAAAAGAUAAAGUCAAAGGAGAUUUUAUAUUUAAGACAUUUAAAUUACCAGGUUCAUGGGAAUGUAGUGUUUGCCUUGUUAAUAAUAAACCAGACUCUGUUAAAUGUGCAGCUUGUCAAAAUGAAAAGGCAAAGUUACCAAUAGAAAGUGAUAAUUCUAAAGCUCCUUCAGUUUCUAGCAGUUUUCUACAGAUUUCUCAAAUAAAGCAUUUAUCUUCAAAGUUUUUAAAAUCAGAAAAUUCAUGGGAUUGUUCCACUUGCUUAAUAAAUAACAAAUCCAAUUCCGAUAAAUGUGUUGCUUGUGAAACUCUUAAGUCAAAAAGUGUUGCUAAUGAACAUUCUGCUGCUGAAAAUACUAAGGUAACAAUUAUAAACGAAAAUUUUAAAGCUCCCACCAGUAAUUCACAGGUUCCCCAAACAAACCCUUUAUCUUUAAAGUUUUUAAAAUCAGAAAGUUCAUGGGACUGUUCUACAUGCUUGAUAAACAACAAAUCUAGUUCAGAAAAAUGUGUUGCAUGUGAAACUCCUAAUCCAAAAUCAAUUGCAUCAGUUGAUAAAUUUAAAUCAGAUAUGCAAAAUACAAGAACUAACUCGUCACUUCCUAAUUCCUUUCCUAGUUCAAGUAUUUUUACAUUUGGCAAGUCCAAUCAUUCUGAUACUCAAAGCAAUAUUAAAAUUCCCUAUUUUUUAUCAACUACAAGCAAAAGUGUUUUUGCAAAUGUUUCUGAAAAUGCAGCUUUAUCUAACAAUGUUUUUACAUUUGCUAAAUCCUUACCUGAAUCAAGUAUUUUCACAUUUGGUAAACCUAGUAAUUCAACCGCUCAAAAUGAUAGUAAAAUUUCAUUUUUCAAAACUGAGACUAAUGCUGAUAAUAUUGUAAAAGUUUCUGAAAGUACUAGCAAUUUUAUCACUCAUGCUAAAUCUUUGCCAGAAUCAAGUAUUUUUACAUUUGGAAAACCUAAUUGUUCUACAGUUUCAAAUGAUGUUCCAGUUUUAUUAUCAUCAACAAAUGUAGCAGGCAGCCUCCUCAAAGAUUCUGAAAAUAAAAUUUUUUCCGGAAAUGUUCCAUUAUUUGCUAAAUCGCUCCCUGAAUCAAGUAUUUUCACAUUUGGAAAACCCAUUAUUUCUACUCAAAAUAGUAACCUAGAUCCAUCUUUAUCAAUGACUUCAAACAAAACUGAUAGUUUCGCAAAGGUUUCUGAAAGUGCAAACAUUUCUAGCAAUGUUAAAUCACUACCCGAAACUCUUGCUAAAUCAUUUCCUGAAACAAGUAUUUUUACAUUUGGGAAACCGAAUAAUUCUUUUUCUCAAAACAGUUUUCCAUCCUUUUCAUCUACGACGAAUUCCAACGCCACUCUAAAUUCGGUACCAACAUUGGCAUUUAACGCAGCAAAUAAUCAAAGUAAAUCAGGCGAGUCUUCACAAUCUAUUACUACACCGCUUUUUUCGUUUGGUAAAAUAAGCGAAAAACCAGCGACUUCCUUUCAAUGGGGUAAGACUUCAGCAAACCCUAUUGAUGCAAAGUCUUCUGAAAAUACUGUAUGUGAAACUAAUUUAUUUUCCAAAAAAUUACAAUCCGAAUCUAGUUCUAUUGCUUCAGGAGUUUCAACGAAUAUAUAUCAGCCAUCUUUUUUUAGUCAACCUUCGGUAUUUGGUACUACAAGCUCCGUUACUAAUGCUCCGACGUUUAAUUUUGUAAAAACCACUGAAGAGCCGUUGUCAUUAAACUCUGUUUUGGUUUCUAAGCCUAGUUCGACGUUGUUUGGGUCCACACCUAUUGUUUUUGGAUCUUCUGUAAGUACUAAUCUAAACAAUGCCGGGUUUUGCUUCGGUAAUUCAGCAUCAUCAAGUUUUUCUACUAUCCCUUCUAUUAAUUUCUUAACAGGUUCUAAGCCAUCUUUUUUAAGUGAAAAUUCUGAACCUUCGUUUUUGCCAAAAGCAGUACCAACUAAACCAUUUGACUUCAGUUCUUCGAACGUACCCUCCUUUAACUUUACUUCCGCACAGAUGCCUUCGUUUAAUUUUACCAGUACUGAUAAUGCACAAAACUCUGAUAUUUCAAAAAAUUUGUUUUUAAACGGAACAAGUGGACUAUUUUCAUUUGGUGCCGCACCUUCAUCAAAUGAUAGGCGUCAUAAACAGCGUCAUCGGACGCUGCCAAAAUAAGCAAGUGUUUUUUAUUUUUGCGCUAACCUACCAAAUCUACAGUUCGAGUACGUGGUAUAGUUUAUACCAAAUAUGGUGGUUGUUUUUUCAAAGGUUGAACAAGUUUUUUUAAUUGUUUUAUAAAAUAUCCGGAUUGUAUUACAAAUUUUGUUGUAAAUACGCAAAAUACAAUGCCAUAACUAUUA